AUUAACAUCCAGUCAACCCGAGGCCAACACAUCCUUACCGUUGACCUCGGCCCGAAAUUUCAAUCGGACAUGGUAACCAUCGCCGCGAAGAAGGGCGAUAGGCUGGACAUAGUGGCUGAUCUGUGGUAUCUCGAGAAAGAUUGUCACCUUGAGUGGCGCGUGCAAUUUCCUCCGGACGACGUCGAUUUGCAGUCCGCCCGGGCCAAGAUCGACUCUGGCCAGCUGAGUAUC